CGUGUGCAGAAGUCCUGUUAGUCUGGUCCUUGUUCCCUUCUGGGUACCAGCUUGCUUUAGCAGCGCAGCCGGUGAGGCCCGAGGCUAGGAGAAGGAGAAGGAGUCAGCUUGCCGGAAUUUUGCAGGUCUGUUUUUCAUAGCAGUACGCAGGGCUAGAAAAGGCGAGGAAGAAACUGACCGGAUCAGUACGGAAGUAGUUGUUUUCCAAGAAGAAUAAGCAGAAAAAAAGAAAGGAAGAGGGAACAGGAGGAAGAGAGACAGAUACAAGAUGAAACCCUGUCAAAAGAUUGAAGGAAAACCAGAAAAUGAGAGUGAACCAAAACUUGAGGAAGAGCCAAAGCCUGAGGAAAAGCCAGAGGAGGAGGAAGAGCCAGAGGAGGAAAAAACAGAAGGAACUUUUAGAGAAAGGCUGAUUCAGUCUCUCCAGGAAUUUAAAGAAGAUAUACACAACAGGCAUUUAAGCAAGGAAGAUAUGUUUAGAGAAGUGAAUGAAUUAGACGAGAUAAGGAGAGUAAGAAACAAACUUAUAGUGAUGCGUUGGAAGGUUAAUCGAAACCAUCCUUACCCCUAUUUAAUGUAGUUUACCUUGAUUUUUAUUUUUUCUGAUGUUAACAUUACUUUCUUUUGAUUUGCGUUUUCCCAAUACACCUUUGUCCAUCUUUCUACUUUUAACUUGUUGCUAUUAGUGUUUUUAGAUGCAUCUCAUUGUUUAUUUUACUUCAAACCAAUCUACAAGUCUUUGCCUUUUAAUAAGAGAACUUUACUCAUUUGUACAAAAAGAGGUUCCUGGCAGGAUAUAAAAUGAAAAAAAAAGUCACUAAGUAAUAUGUGAAUAUCAUAUUUUUGAAAGGGAAGAGUACAUUUAUAUAUUACAUAUAUGCACAGAAGAACACGUGAAGGAUGAAAGGCAAAAAGUACAGUCAGUGGUAGGAUUAUGAGGGAUUUUUUUAUUCAGCUUAUUUGUAUUUUUCCUUAUUCCUAGAAUGUACACACAUUAUUGUUAAAAAUAAUAAAAAUUUUAUUAAAAAAAGGAGUAAACAACAGUACUGAGUAUAUUUCUAAAGGCAUUGGGACACAAUAUUUAAUGGCAGAAUUUUAGAAGCAAAUGUGAACUCCAAAUUACCACCAGACCACUUAGCUAGGAGAAUAAAUUUUACAUCUUUUCUCAUCUGAAAAAUAGAGAUGAUAAAGAACUUUCAGGGAUCUUAUGAGGACCAGACAAGGUAGUGACUGUGAACUAUAUUUGACAAGCUUUUGUUCCCAUCUGCUCAUGCAGGAUCCCAACUCCUAAGAGAUUUAUUUCAGGUAUUUUGGAGGGAGAAAGUAGUUCUCACCUGUGUUUAAGAACAAAUCCAGACAACUGUUAGGUGGGCACUACCUUUGUGUUUCUCUCCUGCUGUGCCUGCCCAGCCUUCCAUCCUCCUCCCCUUGAUACUACCAUGUGUAUUAGGUAUUUCUGCCCCUUCAUUCAGGUUCUGUACUUCUCAGGCCCGUAACACUGCUGAUGUGUUAGAAAUCUCAAAUAGUGAAGCCCAACAUAUUUCUUUGGAACCCCCAAUGGACUGACUCUCCAGUCUGACCUCUACAGAAGUGGGGGAAACGCCCAUCUCUUAAAUUUAGAUAGACAUUUAUGCAGGGCCACUUGGGCUGUGAUAUCUUAUUGAUACUUGGCAACUUUGGGAUUUUAAUCACAGACUCCCUCUUCCCCAUAAGACUCGGACACAAUGGGUCUCUUUGGGGGUGGGACCAGAAGAUAAGUCUGAGUAACAGACAUUAUGCUUUAGUCAGAGUUGCUUAUGAGCCUAAAGAUUGGUUUUAUCUUCCUGACUCUUAUUUCCUUAGGGUGAGCAAUCUCUCCCAAAAGAGUGGUGGCAGGCCCUCCUCACCAGCUCAAAAGAUACCCUUAGACCUGUGUAAAUGUUUAAAGGGAGGUUCAAGUAAGAUUUCGGGAUAUUCCCAUGCUUACUUGGAAAUGUAUGAAGUGCUGUGUAAGACUUACUGUGUAUGUAUAUCUGCAUCCAAAUCUUCAUAACUAUAUAUGUAUCUAUAUAUGUAUAUGUGGCUCACAGUUGUGCCAGUUGUAUAUUAUUUUUCCUCUGUGAUGCUCUUUUUGGGGCAAUUAAUCUCUCCAGAUUAUUCUUCAAGGUUCCAACAGUCUGAUGGUUGCUGGUUGGUCUGGAUUCUGGCUGGAGUGAGAUGAGGGUCCAAAGACUUACUGUGCCACUUUUAUAGGAUGGUAUGAAUCCAACCCCCUGGCACUCUGAGGGGUGGAGCUGGGGCAGGAUGUGGAAGGGCUCCCCCAAGGCACACCCCUCUCCAGGGUUGUCUGACUUUGGUUUCUGUGUUCCAGCCUGCAGCAGGCAUCAGACUCUUCUAGGCUGAAGGCCAGGCUGUCCUGGACAUACAUACCUGGAGAACAAUGACUGUCCCCAUUGCAGGUCAGAGCACUGGACUUCCUUUACCCCUUUUUUCCUUCACAAGGGGGCUUGAUGGGAACUUUUAAAGGAAAGAAUAUAACUUUUAAAGAAAAUACUUCAACAGUCACUAACUAAAAACAUUAGUUGUGAUAGUUUUUGUCCCAGCCAUGACUACCCUGGAUGCAAUCAGAUAACUUGGGAUUAAAGUAGAAGGGCCUGGUGGUAGGUGGAGAUGAUUUCAGAUAAUACACAAAUAUUUUAAGUUGUAAUAUUCAUGUAUUGAUAUUUAUUUGAAUGUGUAUUAAUGAAUACUCUCUUUAAGGCAAAUGAUGAUAGUUUAGAUUUAGGGUGGUGUUAUAAAGUUUCCUUUUCAAAAAUGUACUCAAAUUUCCUUUUCAAAAAUAUUCAAAUUAAAUGAGUUUGUUUGAAGACAAACAUGAAGUAGAACACAAUGUUAACAGCAAAAGUGGUAUAUAGAUAUGGCAAAAAUCAUCCUAGUGGGCAACAUUGCCCUAGCAUAAUUGAUUUAGGGAAUAAUAUCUGGAAACACCUGUCAAGAAGUGUGCAGUCUGAGAUUUUACCCUACUUACAAAUUAACAAGUUAACAUUAACCUGCUACUGUUUAACCUGCUUUUGCUAUAACAGAAGACACUAGAAUCCUGAUCAGAGACUAAGGACAUUAUUACUCAUGGUAAAAGCAGUAGCAACGGCUUCAUAUUGGUUUAUAUCAGUUCCCCAUUAUCCUCAAGU